GCAGCAGUUUUACAACAUCAUCAGGAAUAUAUGCAGGAAAUAAUUCACUCACAAAUUCUACUGGAUUUAAUAGUUCACAGCAGGAAUAUCCCUCUUAUCCCAGUUUUGGCCAGGGCCAAUAUGCACAGUAUUAUAAUAGCUCACCAUAUCCUUCACAUUACAUGACAAACAGCAACACCAGCCCAACGACACCCUCCACAAAUGCAACAUACCAGCUUCAAGAACCACCAUCUGGCAUCACCAGUCAAGCGGUUACAGAUCCUGCAGCAGCAGAAUACAGUACAAUCCACAGUCCAUCAACACCCAUUAAAGAUUCAGAUUCAGAUAGAUUGCGUCGUAGUUCAGAUGGGAAAUCACGUGGACGUGGCAGAAGAAACAAUAAUCCUUCACCACCACCUGACUCUGAUCUAGAGAGAGUAUUCAUUUGGGAUUUGGAUGAGACAAUCAUCAUUUUCCAUUCCUUGCUUACAGGGUCCUAUGCUAACAGAUAUGGAAGGGAUCCACCCACCUCUGUGUCUCUUGGACUCCGAAUGGAAGAGAUGAUUUUCAAUUUGGCAGACACGCAUCUAUUCUUUAACGAUUUAGAAGAAUGCGACCAGGUUCACAUUGAUGACGUGUCUUCGGACGACAACGGUCAAGAUUUAAGCACCUAUAACUUUGGAACAGACGGCUUUCCCGCGGCUGCCACCAGUGCGAAUUUAUGCCUCGCGACGGGGGUGCGUGGAGGAGUGGACUGGAUGCGAAAAUUGGCUUUCCGCUACAGACGAGUAAAAGAAAUAUAUAAUACCUACAAAAAUAAUGUCGGAGGUCUUCUUGGUCCAGCAAAAAGAGAGGCUUGGUUACAACUAAGAGCAGAAAUUGAAGCUUUGACAGAUUCUUGGUUAACACUUGCACUGAAAGCACUCACCCUUAUUCAUUCGAGGACAAACUGUGUGAACAUUCUUGUAACAACUACUCAGCUAAUUCCAGCUCUGGCAAAAGUCUUAUUAUAUGGACUAGGCGUUGUAUUUCCCAUAGAGAAUAUUUACAGUGCAACUAAAAUAGGAAAGGAAAGUUGUUUUGAGCGAAUAAUUCAAAGAUUUGGAAGAAAAGUAGUGUAUGUUGUUAUAGGGGAUGGUGUCGAAGAAGAACAAGGUGCAAAAAAGCAUGCUAUGCCAUUUUGGAGGAUCUCGAGCCACUCUGACCUUAUGGCCCUUCACCAUGCCUUGGAACUGGAGUACUUGUAGCAGCUCAGCAGCACUUUGAAACCCCAGAGCCUCCUUCUGCCCGUGGACGAGAUGCCUGUGUCUUGUGUCAGCAUUGGACUACAGAACUUUGUGAUUUCAACAUGUUGACGUACAGCUGCAAUUGGUCUUAACCCUUGCCCUUUCAGUAAACGGAGGAGCAUGUCUUUUUCUUCAGAACAGCUGUUGACUCUGGUACUGCGAGUCCAGCGAAAAUAAGCCAUGCAAACAUUUGAACAACUCAUCUUUACCAUAUUUGCUACCAAAAAGAAAUAGAGAAGGAAAAAAAAAAAAGAAAAUAAAAAGGAAAUAAAAGGUUCAUACCUGUGAAGAAUGAAAAGGACCUGCAAAUGCUUUGUAGCUUCUAGACUCGUCAAUGUGACACACACCAUUUCUUCAACACAGCAAACUUGAUUGCACAAUGAAGACUGAGAUUUUUCAAAAUACCAGUGGAGUAAUUUUCUUGUAAAGAAGGUUUACUUUUUGGUUUCUCAUACCCAGGGUACUCUGUACAUCUUUACUUAUUUAUGAACAGACUAUAUUUUGACAUCAUAUAACUGAGGAUAUGUAUAAUAGGAUUAAAGGCUAUUAUAAGCCUUUGCCUUAUGGUACAGCAACUACUUUUGAUUUUAGCACAUUACAGAGUAGUUUAAAAUAUGUCUAAUUUAAACUAAUAGGUACAUCACUGAGACAAUCGUGUACAGGAAGAAUUUUUUGUGUAAAUUUGUAAUAAUGAAUGAUUCUUUUACAUAUUGUUAAGGUAAAUGCUAUUGAAAUAUAGUAAUGCCUUGUUGGUGAAGAAUGAGGCCACGUGUGCACAAACUGUUGUGCAGUGCCUUAUCAAUGCGUUGGAUAUAAAUAUGUAGAUAAUGGAUUUUUUUAGAUAAAUUUGUCAAGACCAAAAGCAUGGAUGUCAAGUGUCAAUAAGAAUUGGGUUUUGUUCUUCUCGGCUGUUUCUCUUGCUUUUUCUUCUCUCACCUAGUCUGAUUAUGAAAAGAUUGAUUUCUUUCCCCCCACAAAGGAAAUAUAGGUAAAAUACAACUGAAGAGGAGUCCUUUGCUGUCUUCUCUUUCCUCUUUUAAAGUUAACAUAUUAACCAUUUCUUAAAGUACUGAAAAAUGAAUUAGCAGAUUCAUUCCCUAAAGAAA